UUAUUGGUGUUUUGCUGCGAAAACCGCCACCUACAUCAAGAAUCGAAUGCCAACGAAAAGAAAUCCAUCAGAGAAGACGCCAUUUGAGCUUUUCUGGGGUUACCCGCCAUGCAUCAGGCAUAUCCGCACAUUCGGCGCAAGAGCCUAUGUGCGUCAGCGCAAGGACCAGAGGGGCAAGCUGGGUCCACGGGCGAAGUUGGGUAUCCUCGUCGGCUUCGACCCCAACACGAAGGAUGGUUAUGUGGUGUGGUUCCCUGAUGAUCGUCAAUUCGUCAUGUAACGAGACGUCGAAGUGGACGAGCACGUGUUUCCUGCAAAGGAGAAGCAACCAAGGGGACCACUAGGGAUUGAUGUGGUGUACCCCCAGACGCCCGUCUCACCUGACGAGCAGACCGACCACCAUCAAGACCACGAUCGUGCCCAGCAACCUGAAGAUGAUCGACAGCAUCAAGAAGAUGAGUGUGUCGACCAACACAGCCAAGAUCAAGAGCCUCACAGCUCUGCAUCGCGCGAAGGACCGCCAGCAGCACCACCAGUACCGCCCGCCGCUCAAGAUGCUCCAGAUGCAGAAGAAGCCGCCGCUGAUACCGAUGGAGGUGCCGCUGACGACUAUCGAGUCAUUCGAGAGGAAAUGGGGAUAAAAAAGAUGGACGACAAUGCCGAGCACCGAAGAUCAGGCCGAAACCGCCUCAUCCCUCGAUGGCUGUACGAGGACAACAUCUUUGCCGUCAUCGAGCGCCUCUGUGUGGCUGACGAUGUGGACGCCACGAUUCCCAGCCUGAUCGUCGACACCGACGCCCCGGCAGAGGCCGCCGUCAUCGCAACAGACCCGCCAUCCACUUCCGAUGUCACAGCUCUUCGCAUCGAAGGUUCCCAAGACCUACCAACAAGCAAUGAACGCAU